ACAUGUUUUUACCAGCCCUUGGAUUACCUGCGCAGGUACUCUCAACUAAAUUUUGUCUAAAACCUGUCCCAACUUGUUCGAGGAAAAAUAACAAGCCAUGAAGGAAGACAGUUAAUCUGUUUAUCCCUGCUACACCUGCGACGAAGUGAAAGUAAACGGCGUAUCUGCUUUCCAAAAAUGGCUCGUCGUUAUUUCCUGGUCUAUUUCAUAUUUCCGUCAUGUCUGGUUGCUGGACAGUCUCCAAAAUAUGCACUCAAGGGGCAGGAGUUCUUCUUAAAGCCAGAUGUCGCUGGACACCCUGAUGGAAUUCUGUGGAAACAUAAUGGCAACAAAGUGGUGGAGUUUAAUGGCAAUGAGCAACAUGUGUACACCCCAUAUGAAAACAGGAUCACUCUUGAUUGGGUCUCUGCAGAACUCAGUAUCACUGAACUCAGAUUUGAAGACAGCGGAGACUAUGAAUUGGAAAUAGAAGUAAACAAAGAAGUGUAUCGUUCAAUUUAUAAACUGCAGGUCAUAGACAAGGUUGCCAAGCCCACCAUAUCCUGCAAGAUGAGCAAUGGCAGCAGCUCUAACAGUUCUGGACAGUUGGUGUGCUCGGCAGAGCCCAGACAACCUCAGUCUUUAAUGAAGUUUGAGUGGAGAACACAUGGAGGAGUGCAGCCUGGCCCAGAGCUUACAAUAUCUCUGGGGGAGGAACACGAUGAUGAUGUACAUGGUUGCAGUGUGAGCAACCCUCUAAGUAAUGAAACAGCUACAUUCACUACAAAGGAUUGCUACCCAGACCAAAGUUUAUCUGUAGCAGUGAUUGCCAGCAUCAUCGGCAUCUUUGGAAUUGUGCUAAUUGUGCUCGUGGUUUUGGGCAUACUGUUCUGCAAAGUACGCCAUAAAGCGUGUUUUGCAACAGCUGAUUUGGAAAAACAGUCACCACCUUGUAAAACAGACGGUUCAGAUAAGAAGAAAGCUCACGGUGAUGAAAAACAGCGUCUUCUUGAUAGAACACCCACAAUUCCCUCUCAGCAGCCACUUCGCAGUUUGGCCCAAGCAGAACCAUAUAUGGAUAAACAAGAUGGGAUGCCACAAGAAGGGAUCGUCCAAGAGAGAAGAAAGAUGUUUGAGCAAAACAAUGAUGGACAGACAGGUUCAAAGAAGAACAUAGACCAACAUAAGAAAACGGUGUCUCCUCCUUCCCCUCCACGUAGUGAGUUCCCUUCUCCUCUGGAUCCGAAUAAUCUUAUUUGCAGCGACAAAGAUGAUGCAGAGUCAGUCGACUUCGGUGAGGAAUUGUCCAUUGCUCCUGAACAGCCAGAGCCAGAGAAAGAGGCAGAUGAGGAUGAGGAAGAACAGUCUGCUCCUGCCAGUGCUGAAACUACUUCUGCCGCUCAGCCACAUUCCCCUUCGACCGAAAGCUGUCUAAAUAUGGCACCGAAGGACGCCGCUGGUGAACACAAAGAAGACGGCAGCUCAGAUCAGGUCGCUGGAGGAGCUGCAGAUGAAAAUGGGGGAGAAUCUGACUCAUCAGGUGAAGAGGAAAGAAAUGAAUCAGACGACUGUAUCGAGGACAAACAGCUGUCCACCGUUCCUGAACAGAAAGGUUCAGAAACAUUAUUACAUGAGCAUGAUUCAAACUUAUCACAGGAUGAAACACAGACAAGAGAAAGCCAGCAAGAAAAAACCAAACCAGUUUCUGAAGAUGAAGAUGAAAGAAAUAGUUUAGGUGACCGUGAAGAUACAGAUAUGUGUGACCCGGAUCUGUAUUUAGCCACCUCCCAGCCACCUCAGAGCCCCACACCAACAAAAGCAGACAACACAACCGAUACCUUUCAAAAGUCUCCAGACACUGCACAUGCAGACCCAGAUCGAGAAGAACAGGACAAGAUCAGCCAUGACUCAGAUGAGGGUCAGUCAGAUAAAGGCAAGGGUGAAACUGUUGAAGAUAAAAAUGAAGUCAAGUGUGACCUAAAAGAAGAAAAGCAGGGCAAUGAGAGCCGUAGUCAGGAUGAAGAAGGACAAAAGAAAGAUGAAGCUGUUGGCCUUUAAAAAGGAAGCAGAUAGUGAAAGUGAAGCUGUAAAUACAACACAGCACAAAGCAAAGGGAAUAAGAUCAACAAAGACGUAAAGGUAAAGUUAAAUGAGUGGAGGAAUUUUAAGACUAUCCAAAUGCAGACACAUAGUUGCUGUGGGAUUGUAGUAAAAGUAUGGAAAGAUGGACAUACAGUAGGAAAUUAGCAGACAAUGACAGUUUUGAGGUUAAAAGCAGAUGAGUGGUUCAUCUCUCUCUGUUGCCUGUUUCUUUUCUUUUUUUAAAUAAAAGGCCUCAUAAAACCAGUAAUACCAGUACCUUUCUCUUAAGAUUUCCCUGACCCUCUUAAUAUUAUUCAUGUAAUGUGUUGGAUCAACAUCUGCAUUGUAAAUUUCAAUUUAAUUGUUAGUCUUUUUAAGUGAUACAAAAAACGUGUCAACUAAUGAAAAUACAUGCAUAUAUUUUUUUAAAUGUUAUGAAUCAAGCUAUUAUAAAUAAGAAGUUAUAUGUUAAACUCUUAUCAAUUUAACAGCACUAAUCCUGUAGAUGUCAUACUGUGAUCUUACUCGUAAGAAAGACUUUCUGGUGAAAUAUAAAUAUUGUAUGCUUAGUUGGACGUCCAGUGACUGUGAAGAGGUUAAAACAACCGAUCUUUGCCCUUUUAGGAAUCGAAACGCCUUAUUGCAUGUGUUGUAGGAGAGUAAAAUGCUUACAAACAUUAAAUGAUCCCUCUGGAUUCAUAACAAAAAAAUGUAUGCAAUGCUGUAAGCAUAGAACAAAAUUAAAGUAACCCACUUUUAAAAAUCUGA